AUGGCCACUAAGAAUAACUACGCUCACGACCCUACGUAUAGGAUCAAUGAGAAAGACCACAUGGACGUUAUUACUCCAGCUUCUCCGAGGACGGAUGAAAGUGUCGGGGUUGUUGUGGGGGUAGACCUUGAGAAAGAGAAGACAGCUGAAGGCGAUGCUUACUUCCACCGACUUGGUUGGAAACGCCUGACAGUCGUCCUCAUGGUGACUUCUAUUGCCCUUGGAAGUCUCAGUCUGCCUAGUGCGUUUGCAACUUUGGGCAUGGUUGCGGGUGUCAUUGUCACUAUUGGUUUAGGCUUCAUCGCUAUGUAUGCGAGCUACAUCAUCGGCCUCGUCAAGUUGAAGUAUCCGGAGGUUCACCAUUAUGCAGACGUUGGAAAGCUUCUCCUGGGGCCUUGGGGCGAUUGGCUUUUCGGCAUCAUCUUUGUCGGCUUACUUGUCCUGGUUGUUGGCAACCAUUGUUUGACGGGAACAAUUGCAUUUGCGACUUUGACGGAGAGUAGCGUUUGCACGCUGGUUUGGGGCGUCAUCUCAGCGAUUAUCCUUCUCGUUCUCGCUAUUCCACCUUCGUUUUGUGAGGUGGCAAUCCUGGGCUAUAUCGAUUUUGCUUCCAUCAUUCUUGCCAUCGGAGUUACGGUUAUCGCCACAGGUGUCAAGUCAUCGUCGACAUCAGGUUCAAGCUCCUGGUCAGCGUGGCCCAAGGAUGAUCUGACACUCGCCGAGGCUUUUGUGUCCAUCUCGGGCAUUGUUUUCGCCUAUGCAUUUGCUGCCGCUCAGUUCUCUUUUAUGGACGAAAUGCACACUCCAUCCGAUUUCACCAAGUCAAUCACCGCUUUUGGAAUCAUUCAAACUACCAUCUACACACUCACAGGAGCCCUUAUAUAUUCCUUUGUUGGACCCGAUGUUCAGUCCCCAGCUCUCCUGUCAGCCGGUCCAUUGAUCUCAAAGGUUGCAUUCGGCAUCGCACUACCGGUUAUUUUUAUCUCAGGUUCCAUCAACACAACCGUUGCCUGUCGUUUCCUCCAUGGUAGACUCUACCGAGACUCAAUCACACGCUAUAUUAAUACACCCAAGGGAUGGGUGACUUGGAUACUACUCGUUUCCGCAGUCACGAUCUUGUCAUGGAUCAUUGCUCAAGCUAUCCCUUUCUUUUCUGAGCUCUUAUCACUUACUGGCUGUCUUUUUGUCGCCGGAUUGUCAUUUUACAUUCCUCCGAUUAUGUGGUUCUACUUGCUCAAGGAAGGUAAAUGGUACGAGAAGAACAAUCUGGCAACGGCCAUAAUCAACCUGAUCGUCUUUAUUGUUGGUUUCACCGUUUUCGGUAUAGGAACAUACGCUACCAUCGUUGGCAUUAUUGACCGCUUUGAGUCAAACUCCCUUACUCGGCCUUUUUCAUGCAGCAUCUGA